AAUCUAUGUAAUUUUAAAGUUUAUAUUCCAAGAAAACUAAGUAAAAAGGAAACACAUGGCGAAUAGGAGGCAGAACAACUGUUAUUCCACGUCAAAUAUCACGAGUGUUUAUCAUAGAUACAGAUUAAAUUAUUGCAUUACUCAAGCAAAGGGAUAAUUAAGCAUUUAUUACCACCGUAUAAAAAUGGGCUUAGCAAUGUCUUGCUUAUAUUAGCAGCAACUAUAUUUUUUUUUUUUUAAAGUUGUUAUAACUGUUUUCAGCAUAUUAUUCAAACUAGGUAAACAUGCAUGCGGAUUGACAUGUUUUAGAGUCAGUAGUCACAUUUGGCGUUGCAGUGCUUUUGUUUCACAGCAGUCAUUAAUACAGUUGUCUUAUCAACGUUAUGUCGCGUACUUGAGUAGCCUCUGUGAUUCUAUAGAGGUCUAAAAUGUAAUUUAAUAUUUUGAUAAUUUCUUUCGAAGUUUAUAUCAGUUUUGUCGGUAUCUCGGUGUUUGGAUUUCAAUGAUUAGAUUCGAGGUUUUUUUUGAACCUUCUGACCAGCUUAUUGUGUUUUUGCUAUUGUUGCUAUUUUUGAUCAGCAUGAUAAGAAUGGAGACCAACAUAUCGCCAGUCAAUUGGCAACAGCCCCUCUCAUUGAAUCGCAGUACAAUAAUUUUCGAUAUUCCUUAUCGGAGAGCCAACAUUUAUCCUGUUAUUGAUGAUACAAAAUCAAAUAAAUCAUUCCUUCACUCCCAGAAGCUCAGAGAGAGCAUUUUAGAAUCAAAACGAGUCUUUCUGAAUCACUCAUUAAAUGAUGAAAAGCCUGAAGAUGAGCAGAUGGAAGAAAAGCCUUUGCUGGGCUUCCAGUUAGACACGAAAAAAAACCCAAGUAAGAAAAUCAGCUUUAAAAUAAAAAAGCAGUCGUCAUUGUAUAGAAGAAAUGGGGGCGUUCCAAAAGUUACCAACAUACCUACAAAUAAAGUGGCGGAAUUAACCAAAAAGUUUAACGAAAUGGUGGAGAAUAGAACUUUUUGGGAAGAACAAAGAAUCAAAAUGUCUAGUGCAAAUAGUGAAUCUUCAUCGAAUAUAGUUCAUAGAGACAGUAUGAGAGUGACAAGAAAACCAAGUGUUAAAACGAAACCAUCUUUAGACGGCAAAAAUUUAGUUAUAAUAAAAACAAGAAAAACUAGCAUUAAGAAACAAAAUAGUAUACGUGCCAAAGCUGAAGUAAUAGAUAAAAAACUUGAAGAACAACAACCUAUAAGACCGACAACCUUAAACAUAAACCUAAAUAUUCCUAAAGCUAUUUUGGAAACAUCACCUAAUGGAACCUCAGUUCGCGAGGCAAUAGAAAUUUUUGAAAAAAAAUAUGUACCUUCAUCACCGACAAAACCUGCGAUUCCAGAAAAAUCACCUGCCGUUAGGAAUUUAAUGGCUAAAAUUGCUACGCUGCCGUCAUCUUAUAGAAGACAUGCUCAAGAUAAAGUAAUUGAAAAACACAUUACUGACGAAACCAAAAUGAUUGAUGAAUCCAUGAAUGUUGAAACUGUAACAGAAUUUGAGGAUGAUGCAGUACAAAUUAUUAACAUACCAGCAGUGCUCCCUCAACGACGUUGCGACUCGAUGUAUGAAACUCUUAACUUAAAAAAAAUCCAAACUCAACCGCUCAAAGCUAAAUCUGUAGAUAAUAUAAAUACUGAAUCAAAACCGGGUUUCGUAUUACCAAACACUUCAUUUCUUUGGAGGGAUAAAUCUCCUUCUAGUGCUUCAAGCAGAUCUUCAAUCAAUACACAAUUUCAAGAACGAUUGACCAAUGUUGAAAAUGCUAAGAAGCCUCCAGAUAUACCUCCUAAGCCAUCUGUUAGGAUACUAAAGAAGAAAAUGACGCUACCAGAUGAAUCUCCAAUGGAAAAAGAUGAUUUAGAUGAUUAUGAAGUAAUUGGUGAAUGUAUGAUUGUUUCAAAUGAACUUAAAGAGAUAAUAUCAGAAGAUAACAUAAUAGUCAACGAAGAAACAUUUAAAGGUUCCGAUGAGAUUACUAAACUCAUAAAUGAAUUUGAGAUUAUCGAUAGUCCUCUAACCAAUGUUAGUAAUAUAGAUCAUUAUGAGGAAAUUAAAAAAGAAGAUAAAAUUUAUGAAGAGUUGAGUAACAUGAGCACCAAAAUAGACGAUGGAUAUGAGCCAAUUGGACACAAACUUGAAGAAAGUGUAUAUGAACAAUGCCCUACGCCAAAAUCCGAAAAUAUUUACGAGACCUUACCGGCUCCUCCGAUACCGUUGAGGAGACAACAACAAGAACCUCUACCACCAAGACCUCCAUCUUCUAAUAGAAAUGAUGACACUGUUUACAAUUGUUAUGAAUCGAUUUACACUAAAAAAGAUGCGUUUUAUGAAAGUAUAUAUGGAUCUCAAUUGACCACUGACAGCGGUUCGAACAGAGACAGUGUACUUUCAUCAGACCAGAAAAGUAACAGUCUCUAUGGCCAUUCUUUGCCUAGAUUUGACUAUAACAGUGACAAUAUGUACUACAAACCUCCCAGUGAUAUUAGUGAUAGAGUUUCUGAACGCAGCGACGAAUGGGAGGAUGUUACGGAUAAUGAGGAAGGAGAAAAUAGAAUUAUUGUCGUCAGAGAAAAAACGAAAGGUCGGAAAUCGGGAUGGUCUCAGCACUUCAGGGAACAAUUAUCCAAAAGCUUGAAGGAAAACGUCCAAAGUGGCAAUGAAAACGAUCACCAUUAUGAAAGCCUGUACACUGCGAAAGAAGACGAAGACUUUGACUAUGACUCCUUUGAAAGUGAUACGGAUUCAGAUACUUCGUUUGAUAAAAUUCGAAUUGUGGACGAUAGUGGCAUAGAUAUGGGAAACAACAGACUGCCAGAACCACCGAACAACCAAAGUUAUCGGCUAAUGAAAUUCGCCGAGAAAAAUAUGAAAAAAAUAUCUAGGAACCUUACCAUGAAUAUUACCAAAUCACUCACUCGCAUGAAAAAACAUAUGUCAAAGACUGAUCCAGAUCCGAAAACCAAACCAACCUACGAAAAUGUUGAAACCCAAAACUCCAUUUUAAAACAAUCCGCUUAUUCUGCAAGUAGCGUGGAGACUUUUAAAACCCCCUCAACAGCUGAAUCUCAUUCCUCAGAAGAUCAGGAAAGGUCCAAAACACUUUUACGCAAUAAAGGUGGAUUUCUGAAUAAAUUUAGGAGAAGCAUGUCAUUGUCAACCGAAUCAGCUAAUGAAUUAACCUCGAAUCUAAAUGGAGGGAGCAAGACUAAAAGUACUUUCUAUUUAACUGAAACUAUCGAUGUUGAUAGUGGAGAAGGGCCAAGUGAAUAUUCUGAUAAAUCUUUAUCCCCGGUAUUGCGGCACUCAAGAUCACCUUUAAUGAGACCUAAAAGUCCACCACCACCAGCUCCAAUAGCUCAAUCAGAUUUACAAAAAUCAAACAGACAAGAUGGUAAGGCAGCUUCUUGGUACACAGAUUCAGGGGUGUUCAGAAACAACGAAAAUGCAGUUGGGAAAAGACCAAAUACGUUUUGGUACGCAGAAGUGGGGCUCUAUCAAGCACAGGGUAAUUCCACACCGAGUACUAGUUCAACGGAAAAUAGUGGCAGUAAUUUGAGUACGCCAAUAAAACCUUUCGAAAUACCAAGGCCAGUACUGAAACCCUCAGAUUUCAUAAAUCAAGAUGACAAUGUGCACUUUAAUAAUAUGAAAAACGAAAAUCCUUAUUAUACAGAAAGCGUGAAUAGUUAUAAUAGUGUUGAAACAAAAAAAGAUGAAUCACUGAAGCAAGAAAUACAAUUGAGGCUUCAAGAUGAACCUUUAUAUCAAUUUUACGAUGCUGCUGUUUUAGAGUCCAUCAGCUAUGGAGAUACAUCAUCAGAUUUUGAUUCUGACAAUUACGAAGAUGUAUAUGAAAAGAAGCCCACAAAUAAUGUAAUAAAAAUUCGACCCUCGGCUAUGGAAUUGGUGACACCUAACAGGAAUUCUAUCUGCUUUACUAAAACGCUUUGGUGCGAUAUUCCAGAAGUUAUUAAUUCAUCAGUAUUAAGUACUCUUAGCGCUCACCAGAAAAAACUUCAAGAAGCCAAGUUCGAGAUUCUAACUUCUGAAGCUUCCUACCUUAACUCUCUAAACGUAUUGAACAAUCAUUUUGUUCAAAGUUUCAGUAGUAACAACAUACUUGCUAAAGAAGAAAGGGAUGUUUUAUUCGGCCAUGUAGAAGAAGUUCGUACCUCUUCAGAAAAAUUACUACACGAUCUCGAGAAAUGUUGGCAAGACAACAUUUUGUUACAUGGUAUAUGCGAUAUUAUACAAAAGCACGCUGAAGAGAACUUCAAUGUUUACAUACCUUAUUGUGAAAACCAGAUGCUCUUUGAUGACACUUUAAAAAACCUUAGAGAACGUCUUGGUUUUACAGAAUUUCUAAAACAUUUGGAGAUGAGUGAAGCCUGUCAAUCUUUGUCACUCUACUCAUUUUUAAUGUUGCCUAUGCAACGUAUAACCAGGUGGCCCCUUCUAGUUGACGCAGUAUUAAAAAGAUUACCCCAGCAAGAUCAAGAAUAUUAUGCUUGUCAGUUUGCUUUGGCCACUGUAAAUAAGAUUGUAAGCCAAUGCAACGAAGCAGCCCGUCAAAAAGAACGCGAGACCGAACUUCUCAAAUUAGCCAAACAAUUAGAAUUCCCUCAGUCAGUCCCUAAAAUUCCCAUUAUUAGCCCCGAUCGAUGGUUAAUCAGAUGUGGUCCAGUAGUACACAUGCAAUCAAGAAAUGAAGAUAAUAAACUUACAUUUGGAAAGAGGUUCAUUAAAAAUAACAUACAUAUUUUUUUGUUUAAUGAUUUGUUCCUGGUGGCCAAGGAAAAAAGCGAAAAAAACUACGUAGUGCAACAAUAUUGUCCAAGGAACCUUGUGGAAUUAAGCACUUCAGAGGUGAUGCUUACAGUAACUACCAAGGAGGCACAGAAUAAAAAUUUGAUAUUUUUGACCGUUUUAGAGAAUCAGGACGGAAAAACUAUUGAAUAUUUGUUGUCCUGUAGCUCUGAAAGCGAUAAAGAACGAUGGAAUGAAGCUCUAACGCCUCCAAAAUCUGAAGAUCCAGAAGAAACCUUGUAUGAAUGCUGGGACUGUCCACAAGUGACCGCCAUUCACAGUUAUGCAGCUAGUCAACCUGAUGAAUUGGCCCUUACAAAGGGCGAUGUGAUUAAUGUUUUGAGAAAAAUGGCGGAUGGUUGGUACCAUGGUGAAAGAAUACGAGAUGGUCAAACCGGGUGGUUCCCGGCCAAUCACACAGUCGAAAUAGCCAACUUCCAUGUCCGGGCGCGAAAUUUAAAACAACGAUAUAGAUUACUAGCAUUUUCAGAAAAUUAUCUCAAGUCAAAAUAAAUCAUUUGUUCUCCAUUUUUAUAGAAAAUGUUAAGAGUAAAAGCAAGUCUCUAAGGGCGGGUAUUAUAAAACUACUUUGACAGUUAACUAAAAGUUAACUUCUGGAAUUACAUGAGGAGGAAGAAGUUAACUUUAAGUUAACUGUCAAAGCAGUUUUAUAAUACCCGCCAUAAAUAUAGUGUAGUUAUAGUUAUAUGUAUUUAACUUAAUUUUUGUAUAAACCAAUAAAAUAAAACACGUGAUGUAUUCUAGUAAAACUUUAUUUUAAAGUAUUUGUAACAUGAUUUGUAUAUAUAAAACAUUAUAUCAAUAUCCAUAUACAUUU